CCGUUUUCGAUCAUUUGUGGCUUUUCCUGUGUCCCUUCUUUUCAUUUUUGGACAUUCUCAACCCUCAAAACACGGAGUAAUUCCACAUUUGACGCUCUUCAUUUACAUUCCUGCAAGCGAGCUCUCAACUUGUGCUCUUUUUCUUGAAAUUGAUCAGUUUCGGAGUGUUGGGUCUCUGUUUUCCUAGAUGGGUACUGCUUCUGCUGGGUACCCAUUUGGAAUUACUGCCCAUUCCCAUGGAAAAGUUGGUGCUUUGCCUCGCAGAGUGGACUGCUCAAGCUCUAGUUUCCCUCUUAAUGUGGAACUUUCAAGAAUUAACUUGUACCCUUGUUCCGGUUCCUCCAUUACUUCCAAGGGACUUGUAAGUCGAUUAGGUUCUUUGCCCAACAUUGAUGAUUUCUUCUGGGAGAAUGUCCCAACACCCAUACUUGAUGUAGUUGAAAACCCAAUCCACUUGAAGAAUUUGUCUUCUAAGGAACUGAAACAAUUAGCGGAUGAAAUUCGUUUGGAAUUAUCUUUUAUAAUGUCAAAAACACAAAAAUCCUUUAAAUCCAGUUUGUCAGUGGUGGAGCUGACAGUUGCAAUACACCAUGUUUUCCAUGCUCCAGUUGACAAGAUAUUGUGGGAUGAUGGGGAACAAACACACGCACAUAAAAUUCUUACAGGAAGGCGGUCCCUCAUGCAUACAAUGCGAGAAAAGAAUGGUCUCUCAGGUUUUACAUCCCGAUUUGAGAGUGAUUAUGAUCCUUUUGGCGCUGGGCAUGGUUGUAACAGCAUUUCUGCUGGACUUGGUAUGGCGAUUGCAAGGGAUAUAAAAGGGAAGCGGGAACGUAUAGUUGCUGUCAUCAGCAAUGAGACAACUAUGGCAGGUCAGGUCUAUGAGGCAAUGAGUAAUGUGGGCUAUCUGGACUCUAAUAUGGUAGUGAUUCUAAAUGACAGUCGACACUCUUUACACCUAAAGACUGAAGAGGGCCCCAAGACAUCCAUUAGUGCUCUAUCUAGCACUCUAAGCAAGCUCCAGUCAAGUAAAUCCUUCCGGAAGUUGAGAGAAGUUGCUAAGGGUGUUACUAAAAAAAUUGGUAGGGGUAUGCAUGAAUUAGCAGCCAAAGUUGACGAGUAUGCACGUGGUAUGAUGGGUCCGCUGGGGGCAACUCUUUUUGAAGAACUUGGGUUAUAUUACAUUGGCCCUGUUGAUGGACAUAACAUUGAAGACCUGAUUUGUGUUUUGCGCGAAGUAGCAUCUCUGGAUUCAAUGGGUCCUGUGUUGGUUCAUGUGAUAACAGAAGAAAAUCGGGAACCAGAAAAUAGUCAAAAGAGUGAAAUAGCAGGCAGGCCACUUGAAGAUUCAAGUAAUUCUGAUUCAUUACCGUCUAGGAUUCACUCAUUGACGUAUAGUGAUUGCUUUGGGGAGGCUUUAGUUGCGGAGGCAAUGAAGGAUAAAGAUAUUGUGACAGUUCAUGCAGGAAAGCAAAUGGAACCAUCGCUUCAACUAUUUCAGGCAAAAUUUCCAGACAAGUUUUUUGACAUGGGAAUUGCAGAGCAACAUGCAGUUACAUUUUCUGCUGGUUUGUCCUGCGGUGGAUUGAAGCCAUUUUGCAUAAUCCCUUCCACUUUUCUACAGAGAGCUUAUGAUCAGGUGGUCCAUGAUGUAGAUCGGCAAAGAAUUCCAGUCCGUUUUGUCAUUACUAGUGCAGGACUUGUAGGGUCUGAUGGCCCAAUGCAGUGUGGAGCAUUUGAUAUAACAUUCAUGUCAUGCUUGCCAAAUAUGAUAGUCAUGGCACCAUCCAAUGAGGAUGAGCUUGUCCACAUGGUGGCCACUGCAGCCCAGGUUGACGAUCGACCUAUUUGCUUCCGGUAUCCUAGGGGUGCCGUUGUACAGGAAGACUACAGUAUAUGCUGUGGGAUUCCCAUAGAGAUUGGAAAAGGGAAAGUUCUUGCAGAGGGCAAAGAUGUUGCUUUGCUCGGCUAUGGGGCAAUGGUUCAGAAUUGUCUUAAGGCUCGGUCCCUUCUUUCAACGCUUGGCCUUGAGGUAACAGUGGCUGAUGCAAGAUUCUGCAAGCCCCUAGACAUCAAGCUUCUCAGGCAGCUUUGUCAAAACCAUGCAUUUCUGAUCACAGUUGAGGAAGGCUCCAUUGGAGGAUUUGCAUCCCAUGUUGCGCAGUUUAUUGCACUCGACGGACAACUCGAUGGAAGAAUUAAGUGGCGUCCAAUUGUUCUACCAGACAACUACAUAGAGCACGCAUCAGCAGAUGAACAGCUUAAUCUUGCUGGGUUGACCGGACAUCACAUAGCUGCAACCGCGUUAAGUCUGCUUGGCCGCAAUCGGGAAGCCCUCCUCUUAACAUCCUAGAAAGCUCCAUUUUUUCAGCCUUGUUGAAAUACUAUGAUAAAUUGAAGAUCGCCCAGCUGAAGAAAGAAUAGGAUGAAUUCAAAGCAGCAUCGAGUGUGCCAAGUUUUUGUUAUUUCUCUAGUAUUCUGUAUAUCUAUAACAAUUUGUUAGUAUAUAUCAUAAUUAAGCUCCAAGUAUAUGGUAAUUGUAUAGUACUGAUGUAACUACUUGGAUACUCUUGUUUGAUAUCAAGCUACAAGUUGCUUUAUUAAUCUCUAAUCAGUCUUUUGUUGGCUGUUUAUUU